AUGGCUUCAAAUCCGAAAGGUCCACUCUCGUCUACAGCAGCUAAACCUAUCCGUCAAAGAUCUCUUUGGGAGUCAUAUGCAGUCCUUCCAGCGAAGACACGACUGAAGAUUUCCCUCGCGAUUACUGCUGUUGCACUGGGUGGGAUUUAUCUCUCAAACCGACUAGAAGAAACUAUCCCUGCUCCCCCAGAAGACAAAGCACGGCUGCCAGGUGCAAAGACUGACAAGAGCCAUUAA